AUGAAGAGCUUCAGCGUCUCAUCCGUGGCGACGGCGGCCAUCGUGGCAACGUCGCUGCUGGUGAGCAGAGCGGCCGCGGCCGUAGAUCCCAUUGUCAUCAAGGGAUCGAAGUUCUUCUACAAGACCAACGGCACACAAUUCUUCAUUCGAGGUGUCGCAUACCAACAAGACUACAAUGGCAACGGCACAGCCGGCUACGGCUCGAACGACCAGUACACCGACCCUCUCAUCAACAUCAACAACUGCAACCGCGAUAUCCCUUAUCUUCUGCAGCUGAACACCAACACCAUCCGCGUGUACGCCGUCGACCCAACGCGCGACCACAGCGCGUGCAUGGCCGCUCUCGCAAACGCUGGCAUCUACGUGAUUGCGGAUCUGUCUUCUCCCACUAUCGGCCAAAACAUUGACCGUAGCAACCCGCAAUGGAACGACGGAAUCUACGCGCGCUACACGGCUGUUGUGGACGCUUUCCAGAACUACACCAAUGUGCUCGGCUUCUUUGCCGGCAAUGAGGUGUCGAACGCGCCAAACAAUACCAACGCCAGCGCUUUCGUGAAGGCUGCUGUCCGCGACAUGAAGGCUUACAUUAAGAGCAAGAACUACCGCACCAUCGGUGUUGGUUAUGCCACCAACGAUGACGCCGACAUCCGCGUGAACAUGGCCGACUACUUCAACUGCGGCGAUGCGUCGUCCGCAAUCGAUUUCUGGGGCUACAACAUCUACUCCUGGUGCGGUGAAUCCUCGUACACCGCUUCUGGUUACGAUGUCCGCACGCAAGAAUUCUCGACUUACUCCGUGCCCGCAUUCUUUGCUGAAUACGGCUGCAACAACGUCGAGCCGCGUCCUUUCACCGAGGUUCAAGCCCUUUACGGCCCGAACAUGAGUACCGUUUGGUCUGGUGGUAUUGCCUACCAGUAUUUCCAGGAGGCCAACAACUACGGUCUUGUGACCGUCAGUGGCCAAAGUGUUACCACCAACCAAGACUUCAGCAACCUCAAAACCCAGCUCGCCAGCAUCUCCCCCUCGAGCGUCGCCUCUGCUAGCUACACCCCAACCAACUCUCCUCAGGCCUGCCCCUCUGUAGGCGGCAACUGGAGCGCCGCAGCCACCCCUCUUCCCCCAACCCCGAACCAGCAGGUCUGCAGCUGCAUGUACAACAGCCUGGGCUGCGUUGUCGCCGGCAGCACUAGUGAGGACAACUAUGGCUCGCUCUUCGGCACCGUUUGCGGCUAUGGUUCCAGCGUGUGUGCCGGCAUCACCAGCAACGCCACGACGGGCACUUACGGCGCCUUCGGCAUGUGCAAUGCCACCGAGCAGCUGGCCUACGCAUUCAACAACUACUACGUUGGCCAGCACAGCAGCGCCAGCGCUUGCAACUUCGGUGGUGCUGCGACCUCGAAGGCUGCUGCGUCAGCCAGCGGUGCAUGUUCGACUCUAUUGGCCCAGGCUGGUACCGCAGGCACUGGUACCGUCACGAGCUCGCCUACAGGCACUGCUGCCUCCGGGUCGGCGCCCUCCGUCGAGUCCGGCGUUUUCGCGAUGGCCUUCAUCGUCACCAUCGCUGCUGUCUCGGGCAUGGGCAUGAUUCUGUUGUAA